AUGACAGAGACGAACAGUAAAUCGAACGCACCAAAACCAAUUGAGUUUCCAUCCUUUUAUGAAGAUCAUAUAAUGUUGUCUGGUAGACAUUGGCCUGUUGACAAACCAAAAGCAUCUCUACUCUUUAUUCAUACAUUUGGUGAUCAUGGCGCUCGUACAACAUUUCUUCAACAAUUUUUUAGUCAACAUCAUUUUGCCGUGUUUGAUUAUGAUUGGAGAGGUCAUGGUAGAAGUCAUGGUGAGCGUGGUUUCAUUCCAAAUGCUAAAGCAAGUUUCGGUGAUACAGAUGCUGCAAUCGAUCAAAUUAAACAAAAAUAUCCUUCACUUCCUCUUAUCAUCUGGGGCGAUGGAAUCGGCGCAUCUAUCAUCAUCUUUUAUGCAAUGAAGCACACGGAUAAACUACCUUUUCAAGGUCUUAUCGUUUCUUCACCAGCUGCCAAUCUUCCAAAGGCUAAAGUCGGUCGUAUCCAAUUAGGUAUUGUUCGUACCUUCUCUAAUCUAUCACCUACUGUUCGUCUACCAGUACGAGCGGAACAAUAUGCUAUAGAAGUUACAGAUGAUGAAGAAGUACUAAGAAAUUAUAAAAACGAUCGUUAUGUUCACGAUCGAUGGCCAGCUAGAACACUCGACAUUAUGCUUGAAGCAUCAUUUCAAAUACAAAGAGGAUUUAGAUUUCCUAUUCCACUCUUAAUUCAAUAUGGUACAAAGUCUAUUAUCAAAAGAGAAGUUAUACAAGAUUGGGUCGACCGAUCAAGUUCUACGAAAAUAAAAGAAUUUAAAAUUUGGGAAGGAUUACAUCAUGAAUUACACAAUGAUAGUCAGCGUAAUGAUGUUUUUCAAUAUUCCUUGGAAUGGAUAGAAAAUAAUAUCUUAAAUCAGACUGAAUGA